UAGUAGAAACACUGGAAGGCGGAAGUAACUGUAGCAUGAUGUAACUAGCUGUAAUUCGUUACUUGAAAUUGGUAUGUUUUUCAGAAUUGCUGGAUAGACGGUGUUUAAAGUCGUGAUCAGCCGCCGGUGUUGUGUUAGAUUUCUGACCAUGGUGGAAGUUGCAAACAUGUGGUCCCUGCUUCUGUUGCCCCUUCUUGCCCUGCUUCAAAUCCCUGGUGCUUGGUGUUGGAACCAUCAAGAGAGAGUGCUUCUGAGGGACAUUCAGGCAAUAACUCUGUAUGCUGACCGAUAUACCAAUGCACGCCGCUCAGCUCCUGUCCCACAACUGAAGUGUAUUGGUGGUAGCGCAGGCUGUCAUACAAUGGUGCCACAGGUAGUACAAUGUCACAACAGAGGAUGGGAUGGCUUUGAUGUUCAGUGGGAAUGCAAAGUGGACAUGGACAACUCGUAUCGAUUUGGUAAAGUAGAAGUAAGCUGUGAAGGCUUUGACUACCCAGAAGAUCCCUAUGUACUUCGUGGCUCCUGUGGGUUAGAGUACACCCUUGAGCUCACAGAGGAAGGCAGAAAGAGAUCACAAGAUGGUUACAGAAGUGGUGGCUUUGGCUCAGGCUAUUUCCAAAGCAAUUCAAAUAGCUGGGAUACCAAAACAAAUGGCAGCAGUGCAAUUGUUCUCAUAGUUAUUGUCAUAAUUGCUUAUGGAGUGUAUAAGCUAUUUCUCAGUGGCCCAUCAGUGCAGGAACACCCUCGUCCUGAUGAGUAUGGAUAUGAUUUUCAGAGCCAGACUCGUGCUAGUGCUCCUCCUCCACCUGGUUUUAAAUCAGACUUUACAGGCUUUUCAUCAGGUUAUGGUACCAGCCAUUCUAAUCAGGGACCUGGGUUUUGGACAGGUCUUGGAACUGGAGGUGUAUUAGGAUACUUGUUUGGUAAUCGAAGGGCUCAACCAUACCAGGCACCAUAUUUCAACACUUGGACUGGUCCUUCUAAUUCAGACUCAAUGCAUCAAAAUUACAGGCCACCACAGAGUUCAGGUGUCAGAACAGCGUCAGGCUUUGGAGGAACCAAAAGAAGAUAGGACAUUUACAGUGAAAAUAAACACAGCCUGGGUGUAAUCUGAGUGUAUAUUUGCAUUUAGUUUGUUUGGCUCCUUUAAUUAGUGCUGGGCAGUUUCCUUUUACUAAACAUACAGUUUACAUAGGACUACAUAUUUUAAAAACAGUUGUGUAGUUUUCUUCUGCAUUUUGUAAGGUUACAUACAAAACUAAUGUCAUGCUAGGAGACUUAUCAGAAAUCGGUAGCCAAUUCAACCUGUUCUGGUGGUGUAGAUUUGAUCUGUAACUGCUGUGCCAGAAUACUGUUAUAGCUUGAAUCAGCCGUGAAUCUUGACUCCUACUGUUUGAGAUAAACAAAUUAGAGACAAACAUGUUCAUACAAUUCAUUACACAAGAACAGCAGUGACUAAGGUCUGAUCAUAUGGAACGUUUGCUCUUCUUCUAAAAAUAUAAUUAAAUUUUAUCAUCACGAAACAAUACUCCGUGGCUAAAACUUGGCCAUACACGCACAGAUGAUAUUGUACGAAACCUUGUUUCAUACGAUAUUCGGUGCGUGUAUGGCGACUUUGCGAGGUGACCAAUAUCGCAAAAGGCUGUGGAUAUCGACUCGCCCGAUUGUGCAGGUUAAAAGAUUUUGAUCUGGCACCAUUGCAGGUGGAUAUUCCAUUUUCUACCUCCAUAUCCGGCUCCAUACAGCCCUGAACGUCUGUGGAGGGUGGGAACGAUCAGUCGCACAAAAGAUCGAAAAUCGCCAUGUGUGGCCACCUUAACAAGGGUUUAUUAUGUAGUCGAACGAAAAUAAAACUUCACACAAACAGCUUCACAAUACUCAUGGAUAUUUGCUGCAGGAUGUUGGAUAUCUUGUUAAUCAGUUUCCUAGCAUUUUGCAAUAUGAUAUCUUUUAAGGUACUUUAGGCAGAUUUAUCAAAAUUUUGAGUAAAUUCAGUUGUUUUUUUUUUUUUUAACUUCAACUAAACCCACAUUUUUAAAAAGUAAAAAAAUCCCCCAAACCUCUAAAACCUUGAAAUAAAUAAGAUUUUACAAUGACUUCUAUAUGACCGUGCCAGCUUUUACAUGGCAAAGUUUUGUAUUAGUUUUUCAUUAGUUUUUACACUUAAUGAAGUUUUAGAAUAAUUACCUUAAUAAGUGAUUUUUGGCACUUAAAAGUUUGGAAGAACAAAGAAAAAAUACAAACGUAAAUCUGCUCCUUAGUUAUGGCAGUCUUGUAAUAACUAGUUCAUUUUUCAUUUAAAUUCGUUCAGUAGGUUAUUUGUUCAACCCGUUUUAUAUGGUGAUAUAGAUAAAAAUCUGGGAACAGUAACAAAAAGUCAGUUCUCAAGGACUUUAAAGGGGUAGUUUACCUUUAAGACUUUUAGUCUGUAAUCAAAUCUCCUAAUCCUAGCACUUUUGUUGAUCUUCAUUAUUUAUAGGUUUUUUUUGUUUGUUUGUUUUUUUUAAUUAUCUACCUUCCUCUUCUGGAUCUUGUAGUUUUAAAAUAGUGGUCACUGACCACAUCAGCCCAAAAAUGUAUUGCUCUGUAAGGCUACAAUUUUGUUAUAGGUAUGUGUACAUAGUACUAUUCACAGCAAACCAGUUAAAACAUGUUUUUACAAAGAAAACAUGUAAAGAUAUAAGGAUAAAAACUCCAACAUAUUACUUUUUAGUUUUAUUUUCGCUUAACUGGGGUUGAUACUGGGACUCGGGUCCUUAUAUAAAUAUCUUAUUAGUCUAAUUAAAAAUAUCACUCUCCUGCUUCCAGCAAUCUCUCUUACCCAUGCAGAAUUUGUGUUUAUUAUAGAAAGAACCGUCUUGUUGAGAGACAGAUUGCUGAAAAGGGGUUACUUAAAGGAGAAGGAAAGGCAAAGUCACUUGGGGGUGCCAAAAUGUUAGGCAUCCCCAAGUGACUUUAAUCGCCUACCUUGUACUCCGGGCUGGUGCCCCUGUUAGGAGAAAACAGCACAUAUGAUCAACCAAAACAUUGGUUGAUCAUAGGUCCCAAGAUGCAUUCAAACCAGUGGCCACAGGACAACUGGAGAAAGUCAGUUUAUAUUACUUAUAUUGUGUUUACCGCAGCUAAAAUUUCCCUGCAUAUGUCUGUAUGCGCCACGUGAACCUGAACUUUUACUCUGCAUUUUUGUAAAAGGGGGCUCUUUCAGAGUACCAGGAGCUACCAGGUUAUGUACUAAGUCACAGGUUUUGUGCCACAUCUAGUAUCCAAUAGGAAGUUGCAUUUAGCGAUAACAUAUUUUAAAGCAAAAUCUGCAUGGUUCUUUUGAGUAACUUUUAGUAUAUUAUCCUACAUCCAUUAUUUACAGCAGUAAAGGAACAAAGGAGCACUAACAUAAUAUGCCUAAAACAAUUUAUGCAUGUAGAGAGCCCCAGCGCCCAAGGUCUCUUAAAAAUAUCAAGUUUAAAUGCCAAUAACAAAUAAAUGGCUCUGCCUUUAGAUUUCUGGAUUUUCUUAUAGCUGUGACAAUCAUUAUUAGUAGAGGCUAGAUACAGUGUUCAUGUGAAAGAAAAUCUAACUUAGAAUUAUUAUGGCUGGUACAGGUAUGGGAUCCCUUAUCCGGAAACCCGUUAUCCAGAAGCUCCGAAUUAUGGAAAGCCUGUAUUCCAUAGACUCCAUUUUAAUCAAUAAUUCAGAAUUUUAAAACUGAUUUCCUUUUUCUCUGUAGUAAUAAAACAGUACCUAGUAAUUGAUCCCAACUAAGAUAUAAAUAAUCAUUAUUGGAUGCAAAACAAUCCUGUUGGGUUUAAUUAAUGUUUUAUUUAUUUUUUUAGUAGACUAAAUAUGGAGAUCCAAAUUACAGAAAUACCCCUUAUCCGGAAUACCCUUGGUCCCGAGCAUUCUGGAUAAUGGGUGCUAUACCUGUAUUGUAAAUCAUGUAGAAAAUUGUUUUACAAUAAGUGACAAGGAAUGUUACCUAAGUUAUGGAAUCGUAUUAAUUGACUAUAAGAUGUGCAGUGUGUUAAUGUUAGUAAAUAUGUUUUAAACAAAUACACUUAACAUACCACAGUAAUUUCAGCUCCUUGCCUUUGAAUUGGAAAACUUCAGCAGCAUCAGUUCUUUUGCUCAGCGUGACAUCACAUUUAAUAGAUUGUUUUGCCUACCAAAUGACUCCUCAUAAUUAGGAUUAACUCUACAGUCAAAACUUUGAAGUGAUAAAUGUAACUGCACUUUGUGACUUAGGGGGAAUCCACAAAAUUUGUCUUAACCCUACUUUUUUUAACCCCACCCCCCCCAAUACAGAGAACAAAUGUUUCUCCAAAACCUAUUAUCUACUAGUCUUAUACCCUACACUCAAAAAUGUUUCUCUACUUCUAGAACUCUCACUGGUUGCACUGUUAUUUGUUUAAUAUGUUGCAUCUUUAUGACUUUUUUUUUUUUUUUUUUUUUAGAAAAACAAUAUAUUUAAUCAGUGUGCCUUAAGCUGUGAAACAAGUUGAUCGCAAAACAUAUGAAUAAAUAUAAAACUGCUGUGA